AUGCGGGGAUCACUUCUGCUCCUUUUGGCGCCCCUCGUGGGUGCCGCGAUGUUGGAGGCUCGAUCUGGAACCCCUGACGAUUGUCCUGGCUACAAGGUUGUGAACGUUUGGGAGCAGGGUCAUUCUUUUGAGGCUGUCCUGACUCUCGCUGGUGACCACUGUGACUGCUACGGUACUGACUUGGAGAACCUGAAGUUGUACGUCGAGUACCAGACUGACGACCGUCUUCACGUUCUCAUCUCGGAUCUCGAGGAGGAUGUCUAUCAGGUUCCCACUUCUGUCUUGCCUCGCCCUGAUGUUAAUGGUGACCACCACAACAACCAGCCCACCAUUCGCUUUGACUACCAGGCUGAGCCCUUCUCCUUCCGUGUUCUGCGUGGUGACCAGGUGCUCUUUGAUACCACAGACACCAACUUGAUCUUCGAGAACCAGUACCUUCGACUGCGGACUUGGCUGCCAGCUGAUCCCUACCUGUACGGUCUGGGUGAACACAGUGAUUCUCUGCGUCUGCCGAUCAAGAACUACACACGUACCCUGUGGAGCCGUGAUGCCUACGGGAUUCCAGAGAAUACGAACUUGUAUGGCAACCACCCCAUCUACGUGGAUCACCGCGGUGAUGAUGGCACGCACGGCGUGUUCUUCUUGAACUCCAAUGGCAUGGACAUCAAGAUCGACCAGACCGACGAUGGACGCCAGUAUCUGGAGUACAACACCAUCGGUGGUGUGCUGGAUUUCUACUUCCUCGCUGGUCCGACGCCCAAGGAUGUGGCCAAGCAGUACUCGGAAGUUGUGGGCCUGCCCGCCAUGCAGGCCUACUGGACUUUCGGUUUCCACAACUGCCGCUACGGAUAUCAGGAUGUCUAUGACGUUGCUGAGGUCGUCUACAAUUACAGCCAUGCUCAUAUUCCGCUGGAGACUAUGUGGACUGACAUUGAUUACAUGGAUCGUCGUCGGGUGUUCACUCUGGACCCGGAUCGCUUCCCCCUUGAGAAGAUGCGCGAGCUAGUGGAUCACCUGCAUAAGCACAAUCAGCAUUACAUUGUUAUGGUGGAUCCUGCGGUGAGCGACAGCGACAACGGUGCUGCCGAACGCGGUAAGGACCAGGGAAUCUUCCUUACUCGCGGCGAGGAACUCUACCAAGGCGCCGUCUGGCCUGGUGUCACCAUCUACCCUGACUGGUUCAACCCCGGCACACAGGAAUGGUGGGAUGGUGAGUUUGCCCGGUUCUUCGACGCUGAAAAGGGCGUCGAUAUUGACGGUCUAUGGAUCGACAUGAAUGAGGCCUCCAACUUCUGCCCCUGGCCUUGCAAGGACCCCACUGGUUAUGCAAAGGACAACGACCUGCCCCCAGCUGCUCCCGCUGUCCGCGAGUCAUCGCCUCGUCCAAUUCCCGGUUUCCCGUCCGACUUCCAGCCCAAGAAGUCUCCAACUGUCAAGCGGUCUGCCUCUGGAAAGACUCGUCGCGGAAAGGGUACCAAGGCUGGCUUGCCUGAUCGGAACCUGAUUUCGCCGCCCUAUCAGAUUGCCAAUGCCGCGGGUUCAAUCAGCAACAAGACCAUUGAUACUGAUCUUGUGCACAAUGGGGGUGACUCGUUCGUGGAGUAUGAUACUCACAAUCUUUACGGUACCAUGAUGAGCUCCGCCUCUCGCUGGGCUAUGAUGCUGCGUCGUCCUAGAGUCCGCCCUCUGGUGAUUACUCGCAGCACUUUCGCUGGUGCAGGUGCUCACGUCGGUCACUGGCUCGGCGACAACCUUAGCCAAUGGGACAAGUACCGCGUCUCCAUCUCGCAGAUGCUGGCCUUUGCCUCCAUCUUCCAGAUCCCCAUGGUUGGAUCAGACGUUUGCGGAUUCGGCGGCAACACAACCGAAGAGCUGUGCGCUCGCUGGGCCACCCUGGGUGCCUUCAACCCCUUCUACCGCAACCACAACGAACUCGGCGCGAUCUCCCAGGAAUUCUACCGCUGGCCCACCGUCGCCGAGGCUGCCCGCAAGACCAUCGACAUCCGCUACCGCCUGUUGGAUUAUCUCUACACGGCCUUCCACCGUCAAACCCAAACGGGCGAGCCCUUCCUGCAGCCACUCUUCUACGUCUACCCCUCGGACACCAACACCUUCGCCAACGAAGCCCAAUUCUUCUACGGCGACUCCCUGCUAAUCUCCCCAGUCCAAGACGUCGGCCAAACCUCGGUGGAUGCCUACUUCCCCAACGACGUCUUCUACGACUGGCACACCGGCGCGGUGAUCCGCGGCCAAGGCGCAACCAAGCACCUGGAUAACAUCGACAUCACCGAAAUCCCGAUCCACAUCCGCGGCGGGAGCGUGAUCCCGCUCCGCGCAAAGAGCGCCAUGACCACGACCGAGCUGCGUCGUCGCGGCUUCGAGAUCCUGGUUGCGCCCAACGUGAGCGGUUACGCCUCGGGCUCGUUGUACCUGGAUGAUGGCGAGUCAGUGAACACGGUUAGCAGCGAGAUCGAGUUCGAGUACAACCGUGGCCAUCUCACUAUCCGGGGCCAGUUCGGGUACCAGGCCAAUGUGGUGAUUGAGUCUGUGACCGUGCUGGGACAGAGUCGGCCGUGGAAGCAGAAGCGUGGGGUUGAAUUCAAUGCGGCUCGGCAUAGUAUCACCAAGCAGGUGGAUAUUGCUUUGAGCGGGCCUGUUGAGAUUGAUAUCUAG